AUGAAUGUUUCCAAAAGUAGUGAAAAUACACCAACUUUAUCUCCAACCAAUGAGGUAAAACUUCGCUCCACAGAUAGUGAGGAGACGAAUUACCCAAGAAUCACCUUUUCAACUCCAAAUAAAGUCACCGUGCAAGUGCUCGAAGAUGGAACAAACGCCAAAGAAGAGGAACGGAAAAAGCUCAGAAAAUCGAUCGAUGAAAUUCCGAUUAAAAAAAGAAAGGAACCGUCGUCUUUUUCUAACCUAAUACAUCGGGUGACUUGGGGAAAAUUUGGGACAGCCGCUGAGCAGGAUAAAAAGGAAGAUAAGCACAAAAAUGAUCCCGAGACCGAUAAUGCCAAGGAUGAAGUUGAUCGACCGGACCAACUAUUGUUGGCUGAAAAGCUUGACAACAUCUCUACCGAUGCUCGGAAUCAUGAUUUCCAGACAGCCCUCGAUGCGAAUGGUGGGUAUUGGUUAUCCACUGAGUACGUGAAUGAAGAAGGAAGUAAGCCGAGUCAAUUGAUGCAAAAUGCCAUCAUCCGAGAGGAAAGAAACAGUGAACUUGACGAACAAGAGCGCUCACUAGUGGAACUCUUGGAAGAGUUUCGGACUGGACGAAUGUCGGCUCUAUCCAAAAAUGAAGUGCUCUUGCUAAAUAAUAUGAAACAUGAAGCAGAAGAAGUUACCCGACUGCACUUGAGCCUUUAUCCGGACGACUUCUUUGAGACAGAAAACUUCUCAACACAGCGAAAAUUCUUCAACAACGUUGGCGAUGAGAAUGAAGACAAGCUGUACUCACAAAUAUCGAAUCAACUAUAUAAGAUGCAUCUAAACUCUGCCUCUUUGUUG